ACACCCGGCCGAGCGAGCCAGCCAUCCAGCCAUCCAGGCCCUGCUGGGGCUGCAGCCCCCUCCUUGGGUGUGUGAUGCACUGGUGAGCCCUCCUCCUCCUCCUCCUCCUCCUCCUCCUCCUCCUCUCCUUCCUCCUCCUCCUCCUCUUUCUGCCAGCGGAGCCUCUCUUUGCCUGACUCGCCCAUGAGCCUCCUUGGGAGCUACCGGAAAAAGACCAACAAUGAUGGCUAUGAAUCUUUGCAGCUGGUGGACAGCAACGGUGACUUCUGCGGCGGCGGGAGCAGCACGAGCCUCAGCAAGCAAGGGGUGAUCCCGGUGGUGGUGGCGGCGGCAGCGGCGGCGGCAGCCCGGAGCCCUGUGCGGCAGCAGCAGCACCAGCAGCACCAGCACCAGCACCAGCCGCUCGGCUGCAGCACCAUGGACAGCUCAGGUGCCUCAUCUCCUGACAUGGAGACAAGCUAUGGGGGUGGUCUAUUGGACAUGAUGAAAGGAGGAGCAGGAAGACUCUUCAGCAACUUAAAGGAUAACCUGAAGGACACACUAAAAGACACCUCUACUAAAGUUAUGCAGUCUGUUGCAAGCUACACCAAGGGAGAACUAGAUAUUUCUUAUAUUACCUCAAGAAUUAUUGUGAUGUCAUUUCCUGGUGAAGGAGUUGAAUUGGGAUUUAGGAAUCAUAUUGAUGAUGUACGGACGUUCUUAGAUUCAAGACAUCCUGAUCACUACACAGUUUUCAAUUUGUCACCAAAGUCUUAUCGUACCACUAGGUUUCACAAUAGGGUAUCUGAAUGUAGUUGGCCAGGUAGACAAGCACCAAGUCUUCACAACCUUUAUGCUGUAUGUAAAAAUAUGCAUAACUGGUUGCAACAAAAUCCUAAAAACGUUUGCGUUAUUCACUGUAUGGUAAGUCAGGCAGAUGGUCGUGUAGCAUCAGCAGUCCUGGUCAGUGCAAUGUUCUGUUUCUGUCAUCUAUUCUCUAAUCCUGCUCUUGCCAUUCAGUUGCUAAAUUCAAAGAGACCAGGAAUUGUACUCUGGCCAUCCCAUAGAAGGUACCUAGGAUAUAUAUGUGAUCUAAUAGCAGACAAGCCCAUUCAACCUCACUGCAAGCCUCUAACAAUCAAAUCAGUCCUGCUCAGCCCAAUACCAUGUUUUAACAAGCAGAGAAAUGGCUGCCGGCCUUUUUGUGAUAUCCUCAUUGGAGAAACUAGAAUCUUCACAACCUCACAGGAAUAUGAAAGAAUGAAGGAAUUUCGUGUUCAAGAAGGAAAAAUUGUAAUUCCAUUAGGAGUCACUGUCCAUGGCGAUGUGGUCAUUUCUGUCUACCAUAUGCGAUCAACCAUUGGGGGACGGCUUCAAGCUAAAAUGACAAACACACAAAUAUUUCAGAUUCAGUUUCACACUGGAUUCAUAGCCCUGGGAACGACGGUAUUAAAAUUUACGAAACCUGAACUGGACGCAUGUGAUUCACCAGAAAAAUAUCCCCAACUGUUCCAUGUCCUACUGGAGAUAGAAAUAGAUUCUACCGAUAGACCGACUGACCUAACUCCUCCAUGGGAGAACUUUACAACAAAAGACAUCAACCCAAGCAUUCUUUUCUCUUCACAUCAGGAACACCAGGAUGCCCUUGCCAUGGCUGGUAGAGGUUCUAUAGAUGUGCCACAAGAUAACCUAAAGAAUGCCGGACAGGGUGCAUUCUUGUCAUCACUCAGCUGGCAAGAUCAAAAACUGGAGAGAAGUGGCUCACACCCUAGUUCUGAAGAUCGAGCAGCAUUGGUUCAUGAAGAAAGUGAGCAAUCGGAUGAUGAACUUUUAUCUCUCUCCAGUCAGCACAGUAACACCAGUGCGGAAAAAAUCCAUGGGGCACCAAAGCACAGCAAAAAGCACCAAGAACCACCAGCUCCACCCCCACCUCCAGAAGAAGUGGACCUUUUAGGUUUGGAUGGUGGCCUUAUGAGUAAGAACUUCCCAGCAGCAGCCAGUGCACCGCCCUCUAAUUCAGACUUGCUGAGUGAUUUUUUUGGGGCUGGCCAUUCUGCAGGAUCAAACCAAGCUGCACAACCUGUAGUUGAGGAUGUGUUUCAGAUGGGAGGAACUGGGUCUGCACACUCCACCCCACGACGGUCUGCGACUUCUGCAUCCCCAUCUUUGUCCCCAAGAGUAGGAGAAGCAACUGCCUUUGAUCCGUUUGGGGGUAGUCCUAAGAAAUCUGCUCCAGAUCUCCUCGGCUCUUUUCUUGGUUCAUCAAAUGCUACCACAGAUCCUUUUCUUCAAUCAGCAAGGAGUCCUUCCCCUACAGUGCAAGGAGACCCUUUUAACAUGGGUCCCUCAAGUACCCCAACGGUUUCCAUUCAACCAGAUGUUUCAGGUGACUGGGAAUGGCCUCACACAUCAGGUGGCCUAGGCAAGGGGAGCAAAUCAGCUGCUACCAGCCCUACUGGGUCCGUGCAUAGCACCCCUACGCACCAAGCCAAACCCCAAACCCUGGAUCCUUUUGCUGACUUGAGGAGUCUUGGAGCAAAUCUAGCAGGUUGUCCUUCCUUUGCCAGCAAGCCCAGCACACCUACAGGAAUGGGUGGAGGAUUUCCUCCUAUGGGAUCGCCACAGAAACCAUCUCCCCAGCCCAUGGGAGGUGGCAGCUGGCAACAGGGCACUGGAUACUCCUGGCCACAAUCGCAGACCAAACCCCAGCAAAGCAUGCCACAUUCCUCUCCACAAAAUAGGCCUAACUAUAAUGUGAGCUUUUCUGCAAUGCCAGGUGGUCAGAAUGAUCGUGGAAAAGGGACGAGCAGUGCCGAUUCCAAACCGAAAAUGGCUGCUGAUUUUGAAGACCUCUUAUCUGGUCAAGGAUUUAAUGCCCAAAAAGACAAAAAGGGACCAAGAACAAUAGCAGAAAUGCGGAAAGAAGAAAUGGCCAAGGAGAUGGACCCUGAAAAGUUAAAAAUAUUAGAAUGGAUUGAAGGGAAAGAAAGAAACAUAAGAGCACUGCUCUCUACAAUGCAUACGGUGCUAUGGGAGGGAGAAACAAAAUGGAAACAAGUGGGCAUGGCAGAUCUUGUCACUCCAGAGCAAGUGAAGAAGGUUUACCGUAAAGCAGUGCUUGUUGUUCAUCCAGAUAAAGCUACAGGACAGCCAUAUGAACAAUAUGCAAAGAUGAUUUUUAUGGAGCUCAAUGAUGCCUGGUCAGAAUUUGAAAACCAAGGCCAAAAGCCCUUGUAUUAGUGUUACUUCCUCAGACAUUGCUGUAGACCUGUGCUAGUGCUUGUAUAGUUCCUUGCCACAAGAUUUUCACAAUUGAACUGAUACCUGGCUGGAAAUGUGAAAAUAGUAAAACUAGUCCUAAUACUGAAAACUUUCCUCAUGGAGAAGGGAAUAAUAUGAAGGCUGUUUCUUGCACCUGCCAUGACUUACAAAGGCAAAGAAAGAGUUCUUGGCAUUAAUAUAAUAGUGUUAAUUCAGGGUGAAACAGGGUAGGUAAGGAGACAUCCCACCAAUGGGGAUUGUUUUUCUAGGAAUGUGAGAUAAAAUAAAUGGCUUCUUCUGACUUUAAUGAAGUGGACCCUGUGCCAUGAGGGAUCUGGUGUACUCUUGAAAGUUUGCAUCCAAGACAAACUUCCUCAAAAUGUUCAUUCAUACCCAGCUAUUCACCGUACACUAUCUUUCAUCAUUUGACCCCUCAGUUAUUGGCUGUAGUGUGUUUUUGAAUCUGACAGCUAGGCAAUUGGUUAUGUCUCUGGCAACUUACUGCUGCCUUAAGCAUAGUACUGUAUUUCAUGUUUCAGACAAGCAAAUAACUAGGCAUUCCACACUACCAUGGAAUAUGCGGAGUGUCUUUAAAUUAUUGAAUAUGUUAUGCAGACAGAAUCCAGUUUGAAGAUGAUGUCCAAAUCAACAUAGUCCUGAGUUGAGUAUUGAGCACUGAUAGAAAGUGAGAAUGAAUAUUUUGCAAAAGCUUUUAAAAAUCCUCAACUGAAAUAAUGUUUUAAGAUUCCACUAUAAACCAAGAGGAAUCCUUUCUUCUUCUUCAAGAUGUUGGAAGUUAUGAUGAUCUUCACAGCUUAUUCAAUGAAAAAUUAAAAAUAUCCAAUGUUUCCCAUUGCAAUUGUAAAGAGACAUAUAGUUUCACCUUCUAAAUUUCUUAAUUGAAUACUUUCUUGGUGUGAUUAUGUUAGAACACAAAAGCAGCAAAAAAUAACAUAAAUCAAAACUACUUACCUACAAAAGAUAUAUUGGCCCAGUAAGCAAUAAUGUUCAUAUAUUCACAUGGUAGUGUCUGAAAAGAUAAAAUGAACGUUAUGUUCUUUUUCAUUGUCUUACAAAACUAAUUUUAUAUAUAGCACUUCUUUUCCUUUUGUAAAUGUUUUUCCUUUUGCAGAAAACAAUUGUAAAGGCAGCUUUGUUUACUGACAUCUGAAUGAAAUCUAGUCCCUCAUGCAUGAGGUGGAUUAAUAUGAUGUGCUCAUUUCCUCUUCAAGCAGUUGACAUUAGGUCAAUUUGAAAUGACAGCCAUGAAGAACUGAAGUUCCUUGAAGAGAGCCACUGUGUUGAUGAGAUUCUGAAAUGACAUCGGUUUUUGACUACAAAAUAUUUUCGGUUUGUUGACGGCCUGAUGGCAUAAAAGCCCCAUCAUAUACUGGAUCCUGCUACACAACCUAUUUCCUCAUGAGUACUGUUUAGUGGUAGACACUAGAUUCACUACAUGAGAAAAGUGGUUAUCUAUAUUUUCACUAAGGAGCUAGUGAACAGGCGGAAAGGUUUCCAUAUACAUUCUUUAAACUCUGGUGUGAAAAUCUUUUGUCAAAUUGAUGUUUUUAAAAGACAAUCUGUUUUUUGUUGUUCUGGUUUUCUAGUGGGGGAAACCCCUUUCUGCAGAUACAGCAUGUCAACCAGCCUACAUUUAUUUUUAUAUUAAUGCCAUCUUUUUUGUUGUUGUUUUAAUCCAUUAUUUAUUGCCAUUUACUGCCAAUGUGAAACAAAACAUCAAGUUCUCCUUUUUAUAUUAACACACUGAACAACUAUAACAAACUGGAUGUUAUUUAUUAACAUAUAAUGAUAUGUUUUGAUCAAGUAUGUGCUUGUCUAUUAAAAACAAUUUUGGAAUGUGA